AUGAUCACCGAUAUGUAUGCGCCCCUGCCGGCGCCGCCAAAUAAGACGAUCGACGUUAAUUUCCGGUCAAAGGGGUUUUCGCAACUCAUUGCAUUAACCCAGCUUGUUAGAGCGGGUAAUGAAGGUUGGAUGCAAGUCAUGGUCCCGGCGCCGAACCGUCAUCGGGCCCUGUCGAUACGUGAUGCCCCGAUGACGGAGAAGGUUAUUUUCAAAGGCGCUCCACUAAUUAAUACCCACUACCCGAUAGCCGCUUUGUUCUACUGUCAUCGCGGUCUACUACGGAUGCUCAUUUGA